AUGAGUAACCCGUUGCAACGCAGCGAGGCGGCGGGGACGGCGGGCCCUGCUGCUGCUGCUGCUCCCGCAGCAGCAGCAGCAGCAGCAGCAGCUGGUCCUACCGCGGCAACAGCAGCCCCGACGUCCCCCGCAACAGCAGCAGCACCCGCAGCAGCAGCAGCCGCACCCACAGCAGCAGCAGCCGCACCCGCAGCAGCAGCAGCAGCAGCCGCACCCGCAGCAGCAGCAGCAGCAGCAGCAGCAGGAGAAGCGGGUUUGUCUCGUCGAGCUGCUGCAGUGUGCGAACAGCUGCGGGAGUUGAGCUGGGGCGUUGGGGUGUCUGUACAGCUGCUGAGCAGCAGCAAAAGCCGCAGCAGCGAAAAGAACUUUUUGCGAAUUCAAAAAUGUUUAAACAAAAUAAAACAUUUAGGAGACAGCAGCAGCAGCAGCAGCAGCAGCAGCGGGCUUUUGCAGGAGCUGGAGAGCCUCAACUUGUCCCUUUUUGUCUCCGAGUUUGCUGCUGCUCUUGCUGAAGUGGAGGGCCGUGCUGCUGCACUUCGUGCUGCUGCUGCUGCUGCUGCUUUUCUUGCUGCUGCUUAUUCCGACUUUUCUUCUCUUUUCCUCCAGGCCCUCAAAAGGAACAUUCAAACGCUGAGCUCGGGCCUUGCUGCUAGUGCUGCUGCAGAGAUACCCCGGGGCUCCGGGGCCCCACAGCCUUUCAGCGACUGCUACUUAAUAGCAGCACCUGAAGCAGCAGCAAAGCAGCAGCAGCAGCAGCAGCAGCAGCAGCAGCUGGCCUCGCGCAUCCGCCUGCUGCUGCGCUUCCUUGCAGAUUUGCUGCUGUUGCAGCUGCUGCCAUCAGAGUUCGAGCCGCUGCUCCUGCAGGUGCUGCAGCUCGCCACUGCAAGCCCACCCCCAGCUCAGCAGCAGCAGCAGCAGAAACAGCAGCAGCAGCAGCAGCAGCAACAAACUGCUGUUGCGUAUGAAGCAGAGUGGCCAGAGCUUUCACCGCAAAAGCCCAAAAGUGUCUCUAGUUUGCAAGUCUCCCCAGCAGCAGCAGCAGCAGCAGCAGCGGACGUUGCAGAUGCAGCAGCUGUAGCCUGCCCAGCAGCAGCAGACGCCGCUGCAGCAGCAGCAGCAACUGCUGCUGCUGCUGCCAGCCCCAAGUGGGCCUACAGCGCGCCGCUGUGUCUGCUGCGGCUGCAGGCCCUCUCAGGGGCCUUCUGCCGCCUUGCUGCUUUGCUGCUGCUGCCGAAGCAGCAGCAGCAGCAGCAAGUAGCUGAAAUCGUGUCCUUGCUGCUGCAGAAGCAACGGAGGGAGAAAGCAGCAGCUGCUGCUGCAGCUGCUGCUCCCGAGUCUGCUGCAGAGGGAGCCGCUGCGGCGCCGGCAGCAGGAGCAGCAGAAGCAGCUGCUGCUGCUGAGGACCCUGCAGCAGCACCAGCAGCAGCAGCACCAGCAGCAACAGCACCAGCAGCAACAGCAGCAGCAGCAGCGCCGGGGACAGCAGACGACAGCAAAGAACAGCCGGAGGAGACAAUUGAAUUUGCUGCUUUAACUCCCGAGCUGCUGUUUGCUGCACUGCAGCACGAGGGCCUCACUAUUGCUGAUGCUGCUGCUGCUCUUGAGGCCCUCAGGGCCCCACAGCCGCUGCUCUCUGAUGCAUGCAGGGCGCAGAUGAAGGCAAUGCUGUGCCGCUUCUACAAUGACUCCGUGCUGCUGCUGCUGCUGGCGCUGCAGCAGGAGCUGCUGCAGCAGGAAGUGGAGAACCUGCAGCAAACUGUUGACAAGGGACAAGUGUCUCCGGAGAGCCACACGAGACUCAUGGCCCUGAGAGACAAGUUUGCUGCUGCGCUGCAGCAGGCAACUGCGCUGGCUGUGCUGCUGCAGCAGCAGCAGCCAGACGUAGCAGCACUAGAGCAGCAAGCAGCAGCAAAUGUGCCGGGCAGCAGUCUCCUCCUCAGCUCCAUUCGGCUGCAGCAGCCGGGAGACGAGCCUGCUGCUGCUGCUGCUGCAGAUGCUGCUGCUGCAGAAGACGAAGCAAGUAUCAUUUGGAGAGACAAAGAAGAAAUGUUGUUUUAUACGGACAUCCCGAAUUUGUAUGAUUUGCUGCCUGCGAAUUUGCUGGGCUCUAAAGAAGCAAAGGAAGACAAGAACAAGGGUACAGAGCAGCAGCGAACAGCAGCAGCAGCAGCAGCAGCAGCAGAGGCUCCUUCUGCUGCAGCGUCUACAGCAGCGCCAACAGCAGCAUCCUCGGCAGCAGCAGCACCAUCAGCAGCAGCAGCAGCAGCAGCACCAUCAGCAGCAGCAAUAGCAGCAGGAGCAGAACCUGGAAGCACCAUGGCUGUUAUUCUUACCCGUCUUUCUCAAGCAACAACGGCGCAGCAAAUAGACCAGCUGGCAGUGGAUUUCUUUUUGGAGAGGCAGAAUAACAAAGCCAAUCGUGCUGCACUGGCGAAGGCCCUUUUGCUGCUGCCGCGGCAGCAGCAGCAGCAGCAGCAGGUACCGCUGUGUGCCCGCAUGCUGGCCAUCAUGAGGAAAGUGCUCAAGGAGGAGACAAAUCAAGUUUUGGAGACACUGCAGGCGGAGCUGAAGCAAAUGAUUGACGAGCCCGACCCCUCAAAACUCGAGCAGCGAAUUCGAAGUCUCCGUUUUUUUUGCGAAUGCGUCAAAUUCAAUUUGCUGCCUCCGGGUUUGGCUUUGAACGCUUUUAGCUCCUUUUUGGACGAUUUAAAUCCCCAAAAAGUCCUUUUUCUUUUCCAUCUUUCCGAGGGCUGCGGGCGCUUCCUGCUGCACUCCGCGUGGACGCGGGCCCGCUGCGCCCGGCUGCUGCAGCGGCUGCUGCGGCUUGCUGCAGCAGUUAAUUUGUCUCCGGAAGAUGAGUGUCUCCUUUUGGACACUUUUUACUUUUUGAAUAAUUUAAAUUCCAAAUUGAACUCCAAGUCCAACUCCAAAUCGAAUUCCAGAAAAAAAAACAAGUCCCACGCGCUCCAGCAAUUCGUCCAACACCUGCUCUUCCACGAACUCUACCAGGGAGACGACACUCAAGAGACCGUCGCGCGCCUCGCCCGCAAACUCCCCUGGGGCACAGACCCCCAAGUGCUGCGCUACUUCAGAGACAGCUGGCUGGAACUCGGGACCAACACCAAGUUUCAGUUUCUUCACCGCCACGCAGCGCUUUUGGCGGACUUGGCCAAAUAUAUUCCAUUUCAAGUUAUUAGCUGCAUAGAUGCUCUUUUAGAAGACAUACAGUUUGGAAUGGAGACAGAAGACCCCAGCGAGGCCCCCAGGCGCCUCCGGCAGGCCAGACUCUUGGGGGAGCUUUACAACUACAGGCUAAUAGACUCCUCCGUGUUGUUUGAUGUCUUAUACUCCCUUUUGGGGUUUGGCGGGGCUUCUUCAUUUCAAGCCGGAAACAUCCGCACUGCCCACAAGCUGCUGCUGCCUAGCCCGCAGCAGCAGCAGCAGCAGCGGCAGCAGCCGCAGCAGCAGCAGCAGCAGCAGCAGCAGCAGCAGCAGCUGCUGCUGCUGAACGUGUGCUCCUCGCCCCCCGAAGGGCCCUUGGACUUGACGCGUUUGAAAUGCAUUUUGGAGAUUUUGCGCAGCAGCGGGAAAUAUUUCAAAUCGGGAAAGUCGAAGCAAAAGUUGGAUCGCUUUUUGGUUUUCUUCCAGCGCUACUUCCGCAAAAAGGCGGAGACAGCGCUGGUGGACGAACAAGAAGUCUACGAAACCCUGCGGGAGCUGCGGCCCCACUUGAAGCUGCUGCCAACAGCAGCAGCAGCAGAUGCAGCAGCAGCAGCGCUGCUGCGGGAAGAAGCAGCAAUUCUCCAAAGCAUUGGCGAGGGGCCCGAAGAAGAGCUGCUAGAUGAAAAAGCCAUUUACGGAGAAGAAGAAGGCAGUCAAGAUGAAGCAGCAGAAGAGACAGAAAAGGAGACAGAAGAGGAGACAGCCCACACUCUGAGGGCCCACGCCGACAGAGACAAAGAGGCAACAGACGAGGAAUUUGAGGCUCUUUUCUCUGAGGCGAUGGAAGAAGCAGCAGCAGAAGCGCGAGCAGCAAGGCAGCAGCAGCAGCAGCAGCAGCUGCGGCUGCCCUGGGCCAUCUUGAAGGACCUGCCGGCGGCUCCUGCAGCAACAGCAACACCAGCAGCAGCAGCAGCAGCAGCAGCAGAAGGAGAGGCUAAAGGCAGCCCGGGGUCAGAAGCAGAGGAAGCCCCUAAAUCCUCGGUCACACUGCGUCUGCUGCAGCGGCGGGCUGAGAAGAGGGGCAAAGUGCAGCUGCGGCCGCUGACUGUGCCUGUGGACAGUCCUUUGCUGCUGCUGGCGCAGCAGCAGCGGCAGCAGCAGCAGCAGCAGCAGCAACAGCAACAGCAGCAGCAAGCGAGAAUCGAAAAGUAUGUACUCGAAAGCGUCAUGGGAGAAGGAGCAGCAGGAAAAACGCAUGCAGCAAAACCUGCAAACCCUAAAACUAUACCUGGCCUAGCAGCUCCAGACACCAAGAAGGGCCCCCAGGGGGCCCCCAAGGGGGGCCCCCAGGGGGGCCCUCAAGGGGGCCCCCAGGGGGGCCCCCAGGGUAAGAAGAAGGGAGAGGGGGCCAUGGGCGGCAAGGCUUUGCUGCUGCUGCUGCUGCUGCUGCUGCAGCAAACGCCCGUCGACAGCGAGGCUGCUGCUGCUGCUGCUGCUGCUGCUGCGUGUCUUACCGCCGCAGCAAGGGCUGGCGUGGCGAGUCGGCUUUCGUCUUUUUCUGAUUUUACCCUUCCCAGAACAAGUCUAUUAAAUCCAAUUCAUUUCAAUAAUUCCAAUUUAGCCUCUUUUCCAGCUUCUCUCUCUAAGGCUGCGUCUUUCGCCACGCAGCAGCAGCAGCAGCAGCAGCAGCAGCUCAGUGCUUCCCCGCCGAAAAUGACGAAGACGGCGCUCGUUGUGCUCGCAAAUGGGGCAGAGGAUGUGGAGUUCGUAGCCGCAGUCGACGUCCUGCGUCGUGCCGGGAUGAAGGUGUUGGUGGCGAGCGUGGGGGACUCGCUGUUUGUGAAAACCUCCCACGGAUUAAAAAUCGAAGGAGACAUUUUGUUGAAGGAGGUUUCUGAACAAAACAACUACGACGUCAUUGUCAUCCCCGGCGGGCUGAAGGGCGCGGAGAACUGCCGGGACAGCAGCCACCUUGCUGCGCUGCUGCGCGCGCAGCACAGCAGCAGCAAAUGGAUAGCAGCAAUUUGUGCUUCUCCAGCUUUGGUGCUGCAGCAGCAAGGGUUUUUGGAAAACGUCCGCGCAGUGGCUUACCCCUCCUUCCAGCAGCAGCUGCCGCUCAAGGGCGAAGGCAGGGUUUGCGUCGACAAGCACUUCAUAACUUCUGUGGGCCCGGGGAGCGCAAUGGAGUUUGCUUUGGAGAUUGUGAAGCAUCUUGUUGGCGAAGCAAAAUAUGAAGAGUUGAAGAAGGGCCUUUGCAUGCCCUAG